CACGCUUGUGCCCCGUCUCCGCGCCGGAACCUGAACGCAGCACGCCAGGUCGCCAGCAGCUGCUCUCCGCAGCUCCCCCAUUCCAGUCCUGCUGCUUGCCAACGGCCGACCAAACCCCAAAGUGCACGAUCGGAAGUUUGGCCUGCUUGAGCAAAAUCCAUGGCCUCCCAGCAUGAGCAGUUGGUGCAUAUGAACCGAGGACAAGGGAACACAAGCUAUGCUUGCAACUCUAGCCUGCAGAAUGUUGAACAGAACAGGAUGAGACUCAUGAUAGAAGAGACCAUCUCUGAUUUAUGCAGCACCAGCAGCUUGUUUCCUAGAAACAUGGUGGUUGCAGACCUGGGCUGUUCCUCUGGUCCAAAUGCACUCGCUUUAGUGUCCGUAGCCGUUGAUGCGAUACACAAUCAGUGUCUUCAUUUCCAGCAGCCACAAGUAGAAGUUUGUGUUCUUCUUAAUGAUCUUCCUGACAAUGACUUCAAUGUGGUUGUGAAGAGCUUGGUCGCAUUCCAGCAAAGCCACAAGUCAGUUGUUACUGGCGUUGUACCAGGAUCAUUUUAUGGGAGGCUCUUCACCAGUGGAUCCUUGCAUCUUGUUUGUUCAUCCAACAGCUUGCAUUGGCUUUCGAAGGCUCCUGAAGAACUUAAGAGGAACCAAAUCCCAGCGUAUGAUAUAGAUGAGAAUGUUAGGAGAGAAAGACGGCCUUUGGUCAUUGGAGCUUAUGCACGGCAGUUCAGGAAAGAUUUUACUCUUUUUCUUGAGAUGAGAGCCAAAGAGUUGGCAUCAGGAGGCCGGAUGGUUGUUUCCCUCGCGGGGAGGCGUUCUGAAGAACUCGCCUCCAAAUUCACUCAUGCCUGGGAAUCCGUGGCUCAGAUUUUAAGUGAGAUGGUCUCAAAGGGAGUUAUCAACAAAGAACAGUUUGAUUCCUUUUACAUACCAAUAUACGGACCUUCCGAUGAAGAGUUGAGAGAGAUCAUUCAAUUAGAAGGGUCAUUUUCAAUCAGAGAGAUGCAGGUGCCUGAACCUUCAAGCAGUUCAUACAACGUGCUGAUCACCCCAAGCAGGAUAGCCAAUAUGCUGAGAGCUGGAUUCGAGCCUAUAAUUGUACAGCAUUUUGGGUGGUCUGGAGAGAUCAUGGAUGAAUUCGUGAGGACUGCGGAACGGCGCUGGAGCGAAGAGGGCAGCUUGCAACAGGAGAUGGCUAGAAACCCGCGAGUAAUGUUGGUUGUGUCACUAAAAAAGGUGGUAUGACAUGGGUUGUUGCUGCAUGCUUUUGGGAAUGUUUAUAUGAUGGUUAUUUGCAGUUCGGUUAUAAUUUGUUGACAGUAGUGAGAUAUACUCCCCAACUCAGAUCAUUCAAUGUGAUAUGCUGUUCAAAACGUUGUAACAUGAUAUGCGGAAGUCAAGUCGCACUAACUUUGACUGAGUUUAUUGAGAAAAAUAUUUAUGUC